GAGAAUGAUGUCUUCAGCUCUGCAGAUGGCGCCAAACAUCGUUUCUGGCGUUUGCAAGACACGCUCCAUAAACCAUGAUGGCAGCGCCCACAACUAGUAGAUUCGUGGACAUAAUAUCAAUGCACAUACCUUAAUGUAAUAAUAAGGCCAAUGCUAACCAGUUUUGCCAUUCCACAGCUCUGACUAAAUUGAAUACUGGGAACUUCUUCUCGAAAAACAUAGUAGCCGAAUAUCUUUCAUCUGCUGAACAUUUUCAAGUUGUUAGCAUACUUAAUGCUACACACUGACGUUGAACUGGUUUUAGAACGAGUAGUGCUACAUCGUAAAUACUGCUGCUCACCGCAUAAUGACAGAUGUUGUUCAGCUAAAUGUUCCAGUCAUCCAGCAACGGCAUCACUGGGAUUGCGGUUUGGCAUGUUCAAGAAUGGUAUUAAAAUAUCUUAAUCCAGUGAGUGAAGAGAAGUUCCAGGGCGCCUGCUUGGAUCUAAAGUUGACAGAGAGUGUGUGGACAAUCGACCUUGCAUAUCUAAUGUGUUAUCUAGGUGUAAAGCAUUGCUUGUGCACACAGACAUUGGGGGUAGACAAGGACUUCAAAAAUCAGUUAUUCUACAAAAUGCAUUUUGACACAGAAGAACACAGAGUAAACGAGCUCUUUCUUAAGGCUGCAAGCAAAGGAGUAGUGGUAAAAAAAUGUUCUGUGACCGUUCAAGAGAUACAGACACAUCUGGUCCAAGGACAUGUGGCCAUUGUGCUUAUUAAUGCCGUCAUCUUGUUUUGUGAACUUUGUUCAAAUCCUGUCAAAUACUGCUGCUCUCUCCCUGUGGCUCAAAAGUGUUUCUGCAGUAUACCUGAUUAUCAGGGUCACUUUGUGGUAGUUUGUGGAUUUAAUCGCAGGACUGGUUGCAUCUUCUAUAACAACCCUGCUUAUUCUGACCGUGUGUGCUGUACUAGCGUUAGCAACUUUGAAGAGGCAAGAAAGAGCUAUGGAACAGACGAGGACAUUCUUUUCAUCUUCAAGGACAAAUGAUCUUCAAAAAUGACUGAUGUUUUAGGACUUACUUUUUUCAAGUAGAUCACAUUUACAAAAGCAUAGUUGGCAACAGUCAAAAACACAUAGAACUGGUAAACCUUUUUUCCAGUGAAACACCAAAACUCAGGGAAAAAAAAUCCAGAUAGCACACCCUCAAGUGUAAAACAAUACAACAUAUGACAAUUAACUCGAGGACGCUAUGCAUAUGUUUAUUAAGACUUAACAUCUGUAAUUACAUUAGAUCAAAUUAAAUUAGAUUAAACAUUUGUGUAAGUUAGAAUACUGUUUGUUAUAAUUUCAAUAUAUUCAGCAUCAAUUCAAAACUUAAUCUGUUUGUCAUAUUUAAUAAAUCCAUGGCCUAUAAAUUUA